GUGCGUCAGUGGAGCCAGAGGAGCGCAUGUUUGAGUCGGAGUUCUUUUACUUGGGAUGAUAGGAGCUGCUGGGUCUUCGCAUUUACGGCCCUACGUCUGUUUUUCUCUUGUUUUUUUUUUUUUUUUUUUUUUUGGGGGGGGGGGUGCAUUUGUAACGGAUUUCUUUAAUAACGUGGAUAUUUGGUGUUUCGCAGGGGAACGUGGCAUCCGCAAGUCUUGAGGAGGGGACUUAAAGAGAAAAGAUGUGCUGGAAUUAAAACAGAUCUUGGACUUUAAUGUGUGAAACAUUAGCAGGCGACCAAAAUCGGACUUGAGCUGAUAUUUUCAGAUAUUUGAGCAAGGAAUUCGAAUUGAAGUAGAAUCUAUGCAGCAAUCAAGGGACUUUUGAGCAUCAUCACUUGGGAGAAUUUUAAAAAUAUCAAUUUGAUUUUUGGGGACUUGCAACUAGCUGGAUUUUUCUUUCGUUUCGGACGAAUUAUGGACUUUGCUCGUGUGAGACAGUUCUGCUCUGUGAGGACAUGCACAGCGGCACUUGGAUGAAGACGUGCACGGUGAAAUCACUGCAGCCUCCCCUGACACCGUGCGCGAUGCAUAGCCCCGCCGUCACCCCUCGCCUCUCCGCACCGAAAGACGGACUAUACGAUAGAUGUUAAAUGUGCAUGCACACAAAACCAUUUGUCUCAUCAUUUUUGUUCUACGUGACAUGCUUUUGGAGGCACGUGAGCGCGCGUGUUAAUCAAGACCUUUUCUUAAGGCGAACUCAACAAGUCGGGAAGAAUGGAAUUAAUACAUUUAAUUGUGCUGCUGCUCUUGUGUUGGGUCGGCGGAGAGGCUGUCAUUAACCUCAAGUAUGGAAUAAACGAGGAGAUGAAGCCCGGCUCAGUGAUAGGGAACGUGACAAAGGACGCGCUCAAACAAGGCUUCCAAAUCGCGCCACAGCCGCCCUACCUGCGGGUCAUCUCCAAUUCGGAGCCGCGCUGGGUGGAACUCAGCCCGGCCGGGAUUCUUACCACGCAAAUGAAGAUCGACCGGGAUAUUGUGUGCCGCCAGAACCCCAAGUGCAUUAUUUCUCUGGAGGUGAUGUCCAACUCUAUGGAGAUCUGCGUCAUUAAAGUUGAAAUUGAGGAUUUGAACGACAACUCGCCUAGGUUCCCGACGAGCCACAUUGACAUCGAGAUCUCGGAAAACGCAUCCCCCGGGACCAGGUUUCCCCUGGAGGGGGCAAGCGAUCCAGACUCGGGCGUCUUCGGAGUGCAGUCCUACUCCAUUACCCCCAACGAGCUCUUCGGACUGGAGAUCAAAACGCGUGGGGACGGCUCCAAAAUUGCAGAGCUUGUCGUGCAAAAAUCAUUAGACCGAGAGACCCAGUCCCACUAUACUUAUGAGAUCAGCGCGGAGGACGGAGGAGACCCGCCAAAAAUAGGUGCGGUUCAGUUAAACAUCAAAGUCAUUGAUUCAAAUGACAACAACCCUGUUUUUGAUGAGUCUGUGUACACUGUUAAUGUCAUUGAGAAUUCCCCAAUCAACACUCUAGUCAUAGAUUUAAAUGCAACAGAUCCCGAUGAGGGCACCAACGGAGAGGUGGUGUACUCUUUUAACAGUUACGUCACCGAGAAGACGAGAGAUGCGUUCAAAAUUGAUCCCGGGACGGGUAUCAUCACCGUCAAUGGCGUUCUAGAUUACGAGACUGCCCAGAUCUACGAGAUCGACGUGCAGGCCAAAGAUUUGGGUCCCAACUCCAUACCGGCACACUGCAAAGUCACCGUGAACGUGAUGGACACCAACGACAACCCGCCUGUCAUCAGCCUGCUCUCUCUCAACACGGAGAUGGUGGAGGUGAGCGAGAACGCGCAGCGCGGGUACGUCAUUGCCCUGGUGCGUGUCUCCGACAAGGAUGCGGGGGCCAACGGCAAGGUGCAGUGCCGGCUGCAGGGCAACGUCCCCUUCCGUCUGCAGGAGUAUGAGAGCUUCUCCACCAUCCUGGUGGACGGUCGGCUGGACCGCGAGCAGAAAGACACAUACAAUCUGACCAUCCAGGCUGAGGACAGUGGCGUCCCACCCCUGCGCGCAACCAAGUCGCUGGUGGUCAAAGUGGCGGACGAGAACGACAACCCGCCGCACUUCCUCAAGCCACACUAUCAGGAGAUGGUGAUGGAGAACAACCUGCCCGGCUCAUGCCUGCUGGCGGUCUCGGCAGAAGAUCCCGACCUAGGCAUGAAUGGAACGGUGUCAUACACCAUAGUCCCUGGUGAGAUUAAGCACAUGGACGUUAACACGUAUGUGAGCAUCAAUCCAUCGGGCCGCAUUUACUCCAUGAGGUCCUUUGACCACGAGUACACAAGGACAUUUGACUUUAAAGUUCUCGCCCGAGACAACGGCAAUCCCUCCUUGUCGAGCAACGCCACUGUGCGAAUCGUGGUGCUGGACGUCAACGAUAACACACCUGUAAUGACCAACCCGCCUCUGGUGAACGGCACCGCCGAGGUGUCAAUCCCUAGGAAUGCUGGCGCGGGCUACAUGGUGACCCGAGUGAAGGCGGAUGACUACGACGAAGGCGAGAACGGCCGGCUUACCUACACCAUCUCCGAGGGUGACCGGGCCUUCUUUGAGAUUGACCAAGUCAAUGGGGAGGUGCACUCCACCCGCAUGUUCAGUGAGAACGCCAAGUCCACCUACGAGAUCACAGUGGUGGCCCGGGAUCACGGCAAGCCCUCGCUGUCUGCCUCGGCCUACAUCGUGGUAUACCUGUCGCCGGACCUGAAUGCCCAAGAAUCCAUUGGAGCCGUCAACCUGUCCCUCAUCUUCAUCAUCGCUCUGGGCUCCAUCGCUGCCAUCCUCUUUGUCACCAUGAUCUUUGUGGCGGUUAAGUGCAAGAGGGAUAACAAGGAAAUCCGGACCUACAACUGCAGUUUCUUCUACUUGCGCAGGGUGGCUGAGUACUCCUAUGGCAACCAGAAGAAGUCAAGCAAGAAGAAGAAGCUGAGCAAGAAUGACAUCCGCCUGGUGCCGCGCGAUGUUGAGGAGACAGACAAGAUGAACGUGGUGAGUUGCUCGUCACUCACCUCCUCGCUCAACUACUUCGACUACCACCAGCAGAGCCUGCCGCUGGGCUGCAGGCGCUCUGAGAGCACCUUCCUCAACGUGGAGAACCAGAACUCGCGCAAUGCCGCACCCAACCACGGCUAUCAGCACCCUUUCACCGGGCAGGGCCACCAGCAGCCAGACCUCAUCAUCAACGGCAUGCCACUGGCAGAGACGGAGAAUUAUUCAAUUGACUCCAGUUACGUGAACAGCAGAGCCCACCUCAUUAAAAGCACGUCGACAUUCAAGGACCUGGAGGGGAACAGUCUGAAGGACAGCGGCCACGAGGAGAGCGACCAGACCGACAGCGAACACGAUGUCCAGCGAGGCCACUAUGUUGACACGGCUGUCAAUGACAUGCUCAACAUGACCGUACCUCCCAAUGUUUGCCAGCUGCCGGAUCAAGAGCCCGCUGAAGGCUUCCACUGCCAAGACGAGUGCCGCAUCCUUGGACACUCCGACCGCUGUUGGAUGCCUCGCGUCCCCCUGCCAGCACGCGUCAAGUCGCCCGAGCAUGCCCGCAAUGUCAUCGCUUUGUCGAUCGAGGCCACCACAGUGGACGUUCCCCACUAUGAGGACGGCACCACUAAGAGGACUUUUGCCACAUUUGGCAAGGACGGGCCCGAGGAUGUGGAGCGGGGCGACGUAAAAGCGAAGCGGACUCACGAGUCUCAGGUGUGUAGCCCCAAGGCCAAUGGUGGCGCCGUUCGCGAAGCCGGCAACGGGCGAGAGGCGGCCAGCCCCAUCACUUCACCCGUGCACCUGAAGAGCCCCAUGUCCAAGCCCUCGUCUGCCUACAACACACUGAAAUGCCGUGACGCAGAGCGCAUCGCCAACCACAGUCUGCUACGGCAACCGGAGGGCAAAGACAGUGAGCCGUCGGUGCGGGAGUUCAACACGCUUCUGCACGACGGCCGUGACAAGGAAUCCCCCAGCAGCAAGCGCUUGAAGGACAUUGUGCUUUAGCAAGCUUCUCUGCCACACGCUUACAGCUCAUGCAACGUAAAACUCACGUACCAUAUAUAAAUAUAUAUAUCCUGCAAAAGCUGUACGUACACAAAAGAAGAGUCCGGCCAUUGGACAAGACAAGGCACACUCAUUUGCAGUAUGCAAUAUUCAAGCGUGUGCUGCAGCUAAUUGUGUGCUCAUGCCAAGGUAGUGGAUGUGGCUUUGUUGUAGUCGCAGUACUUUCUCCUUGUUUGCUUUCUUAUUAUUUAUUUAUUUUUUUCUAUGUGCAGCGAGCUUACAGGCAGAUUACUGUUGACUGCACGGACAUGGCUAGCGGAGCGCUCCAGCUCUCACGCCAAAGCGGGACAUAUUGGACACCAGAGGUGCCGACACCCGAGUACAGUUAUGCUUUUUCGAUCACUUUUUGUAUCACAAUACAAUAUUUGCCUUCUUUGGUUUUCGCAGUUUGUUUCAAGCUGCGAAAAUCUGCUGUUUUUUCCUUCGUAAAAUGAGCUGUCAGUGUAAUAAACACGACACACAGGAUUCAUCUCAAAAUCUACUCCUGGAUUCGGGGAGACAUAAAAUGGUGACCUAGGCGUCUCGUUUGCACCCAACCCCACUAAUAGCCUACGAGAAGCUUUCUCUGCAUCUUUGAACAUACACCGGCGUCACCAGACUGUGAGCUCUUUACAGUAUUUAUACUCUGUCACAGACGGAGCUAAAUGAACUGUUGCUAUCUGCCUGAGCCUCUCUGAAAAAAAAAAAACUGGAAGCGGGACAGAUGGAGACGUGUUCUCACCCGGGUGUAUGAUGUUCUGUCUGCAAUGCUCAACCUUGAUUGUAGCCAGUGGAGCACAAGUUAGGACCCUAUGCUCCACGGAGUCUUGUACCUUUUUUCUGAAUUUUGACUAUGGGGCUAGGAUAGAAGGGAUCGUCACUCUUGUCUUGCUAUGUGGAACUCUGUAUAGAGUUUACUAUUAUCAUUUUUUAUUAACCUGUUGUUAUGUGACAAUCCCUUUAAUGUUUUGUUUCAACAGAUUAAAAAAAUACAAAUGAACAUAAACAUUGGUGUUCAACUGAAGCUACAGUAGCGUUUGUAACACACACAAAAAUGGAAAAAAACAUGCCAAAAUAUAUUUUAUAGAUAAUUUAAAAAUGUAUAAUGAGAAUAUUUAAUGCUGUGUAGUUAUUCUAUGAGUAAGUUAUACUUGAAAUUAACUUGCUUUUGUUCAUUGUUUUGUCUUUUGCUUUUAUAUGGAACCUGUUUUUUGUUUUUGUUUUUAUUUUUCAAAAUGAACUUGGAUUAUUAUUUUUCUUUUACUGUGCUACCCCUGGUAACUGUUGACUUGCAGUCUACCUUGUUGUAAAGAGUUUCUUAUUGGUCAUUUCUUGUGCUAUAAAGUUUCUGUGUGAGCUACUGGAAAUGUAAAAAAAAAACAAAAAAAAAACAAAAAAACAAAAAAAAAAAAGAAGAAGAGAUUUCAGCACCAACGUUAGUGUGUCCGUUCAAUGAACAUUAGAGUGAGAUAGCAAAAAAUAAAUGCAUAAUUCAAGAAAAAAUAAAAGGAAAGCUGAUAAUUGGGGUUCUACCUGGUAUCCUACUGGGCCCAAAAAGGUUUUGUAUUUUCAAUGGUUCCACCGAGGGUUUCAGUUUACCCAACAGAUGUCUGACAUUUUUGUUGAUUGACACAAAGUUUUUGUUGAUUGACACAAAGUUUAGAUCAGAGUGUUAUAAACAGGACCGCCCCCCCCCCCCCUCCCCCGGCCUCUACAAAUAGCAAGAAAGGUGGAAUUGUGUCUGACAUGACAAACAUCUAAGGCACAUUAGCAAUGUGGUUUUAUGUUGCUUUGCAGUAAACUAUGUACAAUGUGGUUCAUGUGAAUGAAAGUGGUCAGAAAGCAUACAUAAAAACAAAAAAACAAAAUCUAGAUCUUGUAACUGAAUGUUUUGCUGGUCUCACCUUAGCUUCUGGCAAAAUGAACAUCGGAAUAAUCACUGAAUGUAUACAGCAGCUUAUAAUUAAACUAUUAAAUGUG